UGACAACAUAGUUUGGGGGAACGGUUUGGGUGAGGACGCGAGAGCCCGUCGCGGAGCACGACGGGAAGUAGGGAAUCAUGGCGGCUGUAUCGGUGGAGUUGCAGCAGGAGCGGCGUCUGGUGUGUGUGGAGUACCCAGGCGUGGUGCGAGAUGUGUCCAAGAUGCUACAGACCCUGGGCGGAGAGGAAGGAGUUUCCAGGAUCUAUGCAGACUCAGCCAAAAGAUUGGAGCUGUACUUCCGCCCCAAAGAUCCAUACUGCCAUCCUGUGUGUGCCAACCGUUUCCCUACCAGCAGUUUGCUUCUUAAGAUCAAGAAGAAGACAAGACGGAGGAAAGCGGAGGGUGGAGAAGUGGCUGUUGCAGAAGUCAAGUUUGACAUGGAAAUUUUGGGCAUCAUUACAACUGUUUACAAAUUUCAAGGGAUGUCAGAUUUUCAGUAUCUGGCAGUACACACAGAAGCAGGAUGCAAAAACACUUCCAUGUACGACAAAGUUCUUAUGCUCAAACCAGAGAAGGAAGAAUUCUUCAACCAGGAAUUACCUCUCUAUAUCCCACCUCCAAUUUUCUCUCGCCUAGACACCCCAGUAGACUAUUUCUACCGGCCAGAAACACAGCAUCGUGAAGGCUACAAUAAUCCACCAGUCUCUGGUGAGAACCUAAUUGGCCUGAGCAGAGCUCGGCGCCCCCACAAUGCCAUCUUUGUGAACUUUGAAGAUGAUGAAGUGCCCAUGAAGCCACUGGAGGCUGCUGUACAGACCUGGAAGAGACUGUGCACUAAUCCCAUUGACAGGAAGAUGGAGGAGGAACUGAGAAAGCUCUUUGACAUUCGUCCCAUCUGGUCUCGUAAUGCCGUCAAGGCCAACAUCAGUGUCCACCCGGAUAAACUCAAAGUCUUGCUUCCCUACGUGGCCUAUUAUAUGAUAACAGGUCCCUGGAGGAGUCUGUGGAUUCGGUAUGGAUAUGACCCCAGAAAAAACCCAGAAGCCAAGAUUUAUCAAGUCCUAGAUUUCCGAAUUCGCUGUGGAAUGAAAUACGGAUAUGCCCCCAAUGACAUGCCUGUCAAAGCAAAACGCAGCACCUAUAACUACAGCCUCCCCAUCACAGUUAAGAAGACUCCCAGCCAAUUGGUCACCAUGCAUGACCUGAAGCAUGGACUAGGCACAUCGGGGACGGGAGGUAUCAAGAAAUCUGCCUCUAACAAGUACAAGCUCAAGGACUCUGUCUAUGUCUUCCGGGAGGGGGCCCUGCCACCGUAUCGGCAGAUGUUCUAUCAGCUCUGUGAUUUAAAUGUGGAAGGGUUACAGAAGAUCAUCCAUCGUAAUGAUGGGAUGGAGACUGAGUGUACAGAGCGUGAUGGUUGGUGUCUGCAGAAGACCAGUGAUGACCUGAGGGACACCAUGUCCUUGAUGAUCCGGCAGAUCAUUCGUUCCAAGAGGCCUGCUUUGUUCUCAAGUGCUGCCAAAACCGAAGGUGGAAAAGAACAAUUAACAUAUGAAUCUGGGGAGGAUGAGGAUGAUGAUGAAGAAGAGGAAGAAGAAGAGGAAGAGGAAGAAGAGGAGGAAGAAGAGGAAGAAGACUUCAAGCCCUCAGAUGGGAGUGAAAAUGAAAUGGAGACUGAGAUUUUGGACUAUGUGUAAUAGGAGGAGGAUGCAGCCUAUGGGUUCCCUAACUUAGUCUGGGUGUUGCUGUACCCAUACCUUUAGGAGGAAGCUAACAGCCCCCUACCUCCAGCUAAGAGUGCCAGAUGGUAUUUGCAGGGACUCUCAGUGGAUGUAGCUCCCAUCCAGCCAAGGUCUCCUGGGACUAUACUGGCUUGUCUACUCUGGGCUGAAUCGUAUGCUCAGUAAUACCCCAAAUUAUUCAUUCCUGGAUCCUGAGGAAUCACCUUCACCCCUCUAGCCUCAGGUAUACCCUGCCAUUAGACCAUAUUUGAUGCCAUUAUCCUGGUGUCAUGUUUGUUGUGUCAUAUGUGCCCACUAUCUCAAAUACCCCUGUUAUUAUUAGUAAAUGUAAUGAGGUGGAGACAAUGUAGCCUUGGGAGUUCCAUGGAACAAUAAAACGUCAGAUUAACCUUUU